UCAAAACCAGCCAGCCUAUGAGGAGGCGUGAAAUCGUGGUGCAGGUGCACGCGGUUGAACCGCGCAAGGAGCACGUUCCACGCGUGCGAAGUUGCAAGCUUUCUCACUGCCAAGCUGCCGCGUUGUUUCCAAGCAAGAAGCAAACUUGAAAAAGAAAAGACCGAACAAUGCCCGGAGACGCCACCUUGUAAUUCAAAUCGCAUCCAAUUUCUUCACUUCGCAAAGGUCACCGAUGGACAAUUCUCAGGCCCAGGCUUUCGGGCCCAGAGAUCGCAGACUAGACGCCCUCGGAGACCUUCGGGUCCUUCCUGAUGAAACCAUCUGCGCUAUAUUGGAAUACCUUACUCCUCGAGAUAUCGCUCGCCUCGCUUGCGUCAGCAGUGUGAUGUACAUAUUAUGUAAUGAAGAACCACUGUGGAUGAUUCUAUGCCUUAAAAGACCAAAUGGUUCGCUCCAGUACAGAGGCUCAUGGAAGAAAACAGCUCUGCAUUUGGAGAGUCUGCCCAAUGAAUGUGAAGAACCUUGCAGAAAACCACUACAUUUUGAUGGAUUCAACUCUUUGUUCUUGUACAGAAGAUUAUACCGGAGCCAUACUUCAUUGUAUGGGUUUUCUUUUGACAAUGGUACUGUGGAAAGAAAGAAGGAUCUCUCUAUAGAAGAUUUUUAUCACCAGUAUGAUGGGAAAAAACCGGUUUUGCUCACUGGACUGGCAGAUUCUUGGCCUGCGAGGCGUACAUGGACAACUGACCAGUUUUUACUGAGCUAUGGAGAUACAGCAUUCAGGAUUUCUCAGAAGAGUUCACAGAAAAUCUCGAUAAAAUUCAAAGAUUAUGUCUCAUACAUGAAACUUCAGCACGAUGAGGAUCCCAUAUAUAUUUUUGAUGACAAGUUUGGGGAAGUUGCACCUGGUUUGUUGAAGGACUACAGUGUCCCACAUCUAUUUCAGGAAGACUUUUUUGAUGUCUUAGAUAGAGAUCAACGACCUCCAUUUAGAUGGCUUAUUGUUGGGCCAGAGAGGUCUGGUGCCUCUUGGCAUAUUGAUCCAGCUCUUACCAGUGCCUGGAAUACCCUUUUGUGUGGUCGUAAACGGUGGGCAUUGUAUCCACCAGGAAGAGUACCCUUGGGAGUAACAGUGCACGUAAAUGAAGAAGAUGGUGAUGUCAAUGUCGAGACUCCAUCGUCACUGCAGUGGUGGCUUGAUAUUUAUCCACUACUUGCUGAUGAAGACAAGCCAUUUGAGUGUACCCAAUUACCGGGGGAGACAAUUUUUGUUCCAAGUGGAUGGUGGCAUUGUGUCCUGAAUCUGGAAACCACCAUUGCUGUCACACAGAAUUUUGUGAACUCCACAAACUUUGAAUUUGCUUGUUUGGAUAUGGCCCCUGGUUAUCGCCAUAAAGGAGUUUGCCGUGCUGGAUUGCUUGCUCUUGAUGAAGGCAGUUUCGAGGAUGCAGAUGAGAACAUAUGCUACAAUGAUGAUGAUUUCAGUUGCUCCGACCUGACUAGGAAAGAAAAGAGGGUCAGAGUUCUGAAACCUGGAGAUGAUCCUAGUAAAGAAAGAACUACCAAUGGUGCCUCUAAAAGAUAUAAUUUGUGGAAACAAGGUUUUUCCUAUGAUAUAAAUUUCUUAUCCAUGUUUUUGGAUAAAGAUAGAGACCACUACAAUUCUCCUUGGAGCUCAGGCAAUUGCAUGGGACAACGAGAAAUGAGAGAAUGGUUAUCCAAGCUUUGGGUUGGAAAUCCAGGAAAGAGAGAACUUAUAUGGAAGGGAGCAUGUCUUGCACUAAAUGCAGACAAAUGGUUAGAAUGCCUAGCAGAAAUUUGCACCUUCCACAAUUUACCUUCUCCUGCAGAUGAUGAGAGGCUUCCUGUUGGCACGGGUAGCAAUCCUGUUUAUCUCAUAGGAGACUCUGUAGUCAAAAUUUUUGUUGAAGGAGGGCUGGAAGCUUCAAUGUAUGGUUUAGGCACCGAGCUUGAGUUUUACAAUCUAGUACGUAAAGUCAACUCCCAUCUGAAGAAGCACAUUCCUGAUGUUCUGGCUAGUGGGAUUCUUUACCUUGAAAAUGGGUCUUAUACAGUUGUUCCUUGGGAUGGCAAAGGAGUUCCAGAUGUGAUUGCUAAGAGCAAUCUUAUUCCAGAAAAAUGUGAAUUAGAUGGAUAUGCUUUUGGUUUAUGGAGCAAGCAACAAUUUGAAUAUAGAAAAGCGGCAACUUCAAUUCAUGAAUCAUUUAGUUCAGCAGGAUGCAUGAUGAUAUGGCCAUAUAUUAUUACAAAACGAUGCAAAGGAAAGAUUUUUGCUCAAUUGAGAGAGAGAUUGUCAUGGGAGGAUACACUAAGCUUAGCUUCUUUUCUGGGAGAGCAGCUCCGUCAGCUUCAUCUCUUGCCCCUUCCACCUUUUAAUUGUUUAAUUUUUUCAGAUAUUGGAAAGGACUUGGAAUUGACCUAUACUAACAGCUGUAUGGAGGUUGUGCCUAGUAAGUCAAAUGCUCCAGCAGAAUGGGAAAUUUUUGUCAGAACUUUAAUCAGGAAGAAGAAGGAUGUAACAAGCCGCUUGUCUAAAUGGGGAGAUCCGAUUCCGAACACACUGAUAGAGAAAGUUGAUGAAUACAUCCUGGAUGAUUUUUCCAAGUUGCUUGAUAUAAAUGAGGGCAAAAAUGGUGUAAAUAAAGUUGGUAACCCUUGCUCUUGGAUACAUUCGGAUAUUAUGGAUGAUAAUAUUCACAUGGAGUCGAGGUCAGUUCCUUUAUGCUCGGGUGAAAGUGCGAAAGAUGCUGGCGGGGUGGAUGAUGGCUCUAAGAAUGGCUAUGAUGAUGGUCCAAUGGGAGACUCAUGGAGUCCUAGCCACAUCCUUGAUUUCAGUGAUCUUUCUUUAGGUGAUCCCAUUUUGGACUUGAUCCCCAUAUAUUUAGAUAUAUUUAGAGGUGAUCAGAGUCUCCUUAAACAAUUUUUGAAAAGCUACAAACUUCCUUUCAGAAGAAUGCCACUGCAUGAAUCGGUGGAGGGUGGUGAUAAACUCGGACGACUAUCAUACCUUGUCAUGUGCUAUUGUAUUUUGCAUGAAGAGAAUAUUUUGGGAGCUAUCUUUGGUUUAUGGAAGGAACUCAGAACUGCCAAGUCAUGGGAAGAAGUUGAGCUGGCAGUAUGGGGAGAGUUAAAUACUUACGACGGCUUUCCCUGAUCGCUGUCUGUAUCCAUAUCUAACUCCAUGAUCGUAGUCAGUCCUCUCUAAUACAAAUAGAUUUCAUUCAGGCACAAUAAUCGUUCCUUUUGACAAUAUUGUAUUUUAUCGUAUGAUGGGUCUCUUCGCCUCAUUCUUUAAUUUACUUGGUAAUUUAUUUUAAAACGAAACCAAGAUACAUAUAUAGUCGAACUAUAUUUAUUACA